CUGUUUAUUAUUUUUCUCCAAAUUUUUUCCUUAGAUCUCAGUUCGCUCACUACUCCGCAGAUCACCAGCACUGCUGUGAAGCGGCGACGAAUUAACUCGGGGGGACUUAGUAGCUCCAACCCACAAUCGUCUACUCGAAUAUCAUCCUCCGCUAUCACCUCCACGACUUCCACCACCACCGCAGCAGUUGCCGCUUCAAUCGUUUCAGGUCCACUUUCGGAUCCUAAUUUCCCAAUUACGGGACAACAACCACAAUCGAUUCCUUACCAUACCCAGGCUCCGAGAUAG